AUGCCGUCCGCAACACUUAGCAACGGUUCACUCACUGACCCGGCAGCAUUCAAAGUCGCGGUCAUCGGUGGUGGCAUUGGAGGUCUGACAACAGCUCUGAGCAUCGCAUAUCACAACCCAGCUCUGCAAAACAUCACUGUCUAUGAGCAGGCUCCAGCGUACAAGGAGAUCGGCGCGGGCAUCGGUAUCGGUGUCAACGCCGCCCGGAUCUUGAAGAAAUUGGGUGUUUGGCAAGCAGCAAAUGCCAUCUCCGGCGAGCGCAAUGGCGUGCACCGAAGCUGUCGACGGUACGAUACCGGGGAGGAAAUCGUGGCGGUUGGUGCCAUGGAUGAGGAUGUCGACGGCGGCGUCAGGCAAUUGAGCGUGCACCGUGCAGAGAUUCUCGAUGUCUUGUACCAGGAAUUGAGGCGCAAUUACGACGGUCGCGUCUCGCUGAAGACGGACAUGAAGGCAACUAACGUCGAGGAGAACGGCGACCAAGUGACAAUUCACUUUGCGAAUGAGACAAAUCCGACCGAAACGGCGAACCUGGUCAUCGCCUGUGAUGGCAUUCACAGCACGAUUCGAUCUCAGUUCGCUCUCGACAAACCGCGAUACAGCGGCCGCAUCGCCUACCGAGGCCUGCUCCCGCUCAGCGCCAUCAGCGACAAGUGGCCUUACCCCAGCUACGCGGUGAGUUGGUUGGCGCCGGACAAGCACUUCCUGGUCUUCCCGAUCUCGCAAAACAAGACGCUCAAUGUCGUGGGCUUUGUGACCAAGCCGGAGAGUGAGCUGGGCGACUUGAAGGAGAGUUGGACCAGCAGUGCGCCCCGCGAGGAGCUCGAACGCGAGUAUGCGGGCUGGGAACCAACGGUCGGGGCGGUAAUUCGCGAGAUGGAGGCCCGUCCUGGAAAGUGGCGGCUCAAUGACCGUGAGCUGCUUGAGCAGUGGACAUAUCUCAACGGCAAGGUCGUGUUGGCAGGGGACGCGGCCCACGCCAUGUUGCCACAUCAAGGUGAAUACUUCCCCCUUCGAACUGUGUGCCAACUGCCCAUCGUUUCAAGCUUCAUCUCGCUAACUCGUGGUAAACACACAGGCUCUGGCGCCGGCCACGCCAUCGAAGACGCCUACAUUCUAGGCCUCGUUGUCAGGGACUAUUUCUCCAACCCUGCGCCAGGCGUAGCCGCAUACACCGCCCUCUAUCAAGCGGUCCGGCGGCCCCGCGCUCAGAAGGCCCAGAUCACCAGCCGCCAGGCGGGUGACGUGUACGAGAUGCAAGGCAAGGAGUUUGAAGGUAUCUCGUCGUACGAAGAUUGUCUGCCAAUCGUGUGCGAGAAGCUCUCUGGUCGGAUGAAGUGGGUUUGGGGCCACGAUCUCGAGGCCGACUAUCAGAAGGCCCGUGAAGAGGCGGGUUUGGCCGCCCAGACUCAGUCGAAAGCACCGCCCAAGACGAAUGGAACGGUCAACGGAGUCGUCAAUGGGACAACGAGCGGCAAGGUUGGCGCGACUCAACCUGGAAUCAAUGUCCAGGAAGUCGAGGCGUGA